AUGAAUCUUUGUGGUGAUUCUGAGAUUUUAAAAGAGGAUGAUAACACAAAGAAUUUUGCUCGUAAGAAUCCGGAUCCGUAUCCUCCUACUGGGACUUCCUUAGUCUAUCUUGACCAUCUGGAGCUAUGUUUAUGUUCUACGGAGUGGUGGAACUUACUUACCUGUAUACUCGAUGAUGCUCCAAAACUUCGAGUUCUCAAGCUCAAAUUGUAUCGAAAACAUUGUGUCGAGUACAACGAGUCGAUGGAACCAUGGAAGCAACCAGAUUAUGUUCCCAUAUGUUUAUCAUCAUAUCUUGAGAUAUUUGAGUGGAGGCAAUACAAUGGUGAAGAGCAAGAGAGAGAAGUUGCAAAGUACAUUCUAGAAAACGCGAGUCGUCUAAAGAAGGCGAUAUUCUACUUAGAAUCUGCAGAAAAGCAUGGGAUAUUGAAGGAGUUAGAAUGUAUGGCCAGAGGUUCAAAGAAAUGCCAGCUUGUGUUUGAUUAAACGCUUGUGUUAUUAACAACUUUGUAGCUAUUUACAAAGAGAAUAAUAUGCAUCUUUCAUUGAUUCAAAUAAAG